AACUUCCGUAUACACUCUGUACUGAUGACGUGGGCAUUGCUAAAGGCUACUUAGCUGUUCAAAAUAGUAAACCGGUGCGAAAGUGGUAGGCUACAUAAUACACACCAAGAAAAAUACGUCUUGUGGAACGUAGUUAGAUAAAGGAAAAUGGAGACAUUGUAUCAUCAGACGAACAAGCAAAUCCAAGAGGUGCAAUCCUACAUGGGGCGCCUGGAGUCAACAGAUCGUCAGUCUGUCCACUUGUUGGAGAAUGAGCUGCAAGCCAGAAUUGAUCAGAUUUUCAGUCAUUUGGAGCGUCUGGAGAUCCUGGCCAGCAAGGAACCACCUAACCGCCGCCAAAAUGCUAAACUACGGGUGGACCAGCUCAAGUACGACGUCCAGCACCUCCAGACAGCCCUGAGGAACUUCCAGCACCGGCGCUAUUCCAGAGAGGCCCAGGACAGAGACAGGGAGGAACUCAUGAGUCGCACCUUCACAACCAAUGAUGCAGACACCUCUAUACCCAUAGAUGAGACACUCCAGUUCAACUCCAGCCUCCAUGACGCACACAGAGGCAUGGAUGACCUCCUGGGCAGUGGCGGUAGCAUCCUUGGUGGCCUGAGGGACCAGAGGGGCACACUAAAGGGGACUCAUAAGAAGAUGCUGGAUGUGGCUAACAUGCUGGGCCUGUCCAACACAGUGAUGAGGCUGAUUGAGAAGAGGGCAACCCAGGAUAAGUUUGUCAUGGUGGGAGGCAUGCUGAUCACCUGUGUGCUCAUGUUCCUGGUGGUCAGGUACCUGGGCUGAACACCUCACAGCUGGCGUCGCAGUUUGGACUUGCAGUUCAGGGACCUCUCAGUCCAGGACAUUUCUGCCUAAUACCCCACAUGAUAUGUGAAUGGAGCACAUUGUCUUUGAAUCGGAGUUUCCUAUCUACGGUUAUCAGAUUUGGGAGAUUAAAAUAUUAACAUUUUUAAGCCACAUUUUAUGUAUAAAGUAGCUGGCAUCCAUGAACUAAUGAUUGAUGAUAUGCAAGACAUUACGUUCAUGGAUUCUACUCUAAACUCAAGGAUUACAGGUAUAGGAGGUUGAUCGUAGCUGUUCGUCUGGUUGACAGCUGUAAGUUGUAACACUGUCCUUCAUGGAAGUCAGUGUAACAAUGCAGUCUAGUUAUGAGAGAAUGUUUACAGCCCACCACUUUCAGCUCACUUGGCCUUUGUCUCCUCAAAAAGAAGGUUGUCCAAUUGCCUGAUGGAUUCUAUAUGGUGUAGUUUUGUUAAUUCUUGUUGAUCGUCAGCACAUGUUCUCAGUUCAUUUGACUGCCAUUCAACCAAUCAGAGGAUUCUUAUUUUAAAGUCUGGCACUCCCUAGAAACAAAUAUUGAGCUGUUGUCUGAUGACACAUGCUGGUAGCUGACGACACCAGAUUAAUGAUGCUGCCUGACAUGAGUGCUACUAACAUGACCUCACUGUGUGAUUAAAAUCAGUGUUCAGCAGGGAAGUGGGAGUGGUCGCACGAUGGUUACCUGCUUGAUUAUAAAUUAAGGAACUUGGGAGUUUGUAAACACAAACUUGUUGUAGUAUCCAUUGUGUUUGACGACAUCUUUAUUUAUGACUAUUCUUGUGAACUUCUCUGGAAAAUAUGCUUGGUCUUAGUCUCACUAUGUGAGUGUAACCAAAGUUCUGGAUUGAAUAAAGAAAUGUACGGACU